AUGAGGUUACAGUCAGGUUCAUUCAUCCUGUACCAGGCGUUCGGCGCUCUGGCGUUAUGGGCCACCGUCAACGGCCAGGGCGUUGAACCUCGUAUCGCACUGAAGUUGACGGAUGCAGCGCACGCCAAACAACAAGAUGACCCCAACUUCAUCACAUCGCUUGUCCAGCGGACGCAGCCUCAAUCACUGCGCCCGUCCAACCCCAAGGUUGAUGUGGACAAGAUCCUCAAAUCCCAGCGCUUCGAAGACCUCGAAUCCCGAGUCCCACCCUCAAAUAGGCUAGCGAAACCGGCCUUGCCAAACUUUGAUGCGUGGUACAAUAUCCGCGUCGAGCUUCACCCAGGGGCUUCCAGCAGACGGGCGACUGAUAACGGCGCCCCGGCCAAUCACACUGGCGUUGACAACCCAACGGUAGCUCUUCCUGCAGACACCCUUGAUCUCAUCCAUCGACUUCACAAGCUGGCCGAGGUGGAAAGCGUGCAUGCGCUGUACCCCGGACCACCGCCCAGCGUUAACCCAUCGGAUGAUCCCCGGAGCGUUAAUCAGGGGUACUUAAAUGCGGCCCCUGAAGGCAUCAACGCGCGGUAUGCGUGGGGUGUUACUGGCGGAGACGGGACGGGCGUCAACAUCAUUGAUGUAGAGCAGGGGUGGAAUUUUAACCAUGAAGAUUUAGUCGCGGCUGGCGUGACCUUGAUCUCGGGCCGCAACGAAGCCUACUUUUCUCACGGUACCUCUGUGCUCGGGGAGAUGGUGAUGGUCGACAACACCAUUGGCGGGAUCGGGAUUAUCCCCAACGCCAAAGUCCGUGCCGUCUCCCAGCACCGUGAAGAUUUCACCUACAACACCGCCGACGCGAUUCUUGAUGCAGCCGCCCACCUCACCUUCGGCGACAUCAUCCUCAUUGAAGCACAAGAGUUUGACCCCGUCAGCGGCGUCUACUACUGGCCAGUCGAGAUUGCCGACGCAAACUUCGACGCCAUCCAAGUCGCCACCGCCUUGGGCAUCACCGUAGUCCAGGCAGGCUGCAACGGCGCCUACGAUCUCGACGCGUACGUGAACCUCGACGGAAAACACAUAUUUGACCGGUCCAGCCCAGAUUUCCGAGACUCCGGGGCCAUCAUGGUCGGUGGAUCGACCUUUACUGUCCCCCACUCGCGGUGGUACAGCUCCAACUAUGGUUCCCGCAUCGAUGUCUACGCCUGGGCUGAAAGCAUCGACACCAGCGACAGUGAUGACGAUGUCGGUUCGGCGAGUUACUACACCAGUUGGUUUGGCGGUACCUCGGGGGCAUCUCCCAUUAUUGUUAGUGCAUCCGCCAUUAUCCAGGGCCUCUCCCUAGCCCAAAACAACGUCAAGCUGGCUCCCGCCGCGCUCCGCGAGAUUCUCAGCAACCCGGCUAAUAACGGCACGGCCACUGCCAACCCCUCCGUCGACCGCAUCGGUGUCAUGCCGAAUCUUCAAACCAUCAUCGACACCCACUUCAACGGCACGAACCCCGGAUCUGGGUGUAACAAAAAACGUGUGAAACGUGUGAAACGUGUGUGA